CCGCGCGCUGCGGCGGUUGCCCGGCAACGAGCGGCCCCUGGUCCCGGCCGCGCGGGGCGUUCCUUCGGGGUCCGCGAUGGGGCCGCGGGUUCUGCCGCGGCUCCUGCUGGUCUUCCUGGGGUGCUGGGCGUCCGGGAGGGCCCAAGGCGGGGCGACCCCGACUGUAACAACGGACCACAACUCCACCGAGAUAUCCCUGGUUUCUUUUGGAGCAUCGCCGUCGCCUAGGUCCCCCGGAACCUCCACAGUCCCCGAGAGGCCCCCCGAAACCUCUACAGCCCCCGAAAGGCCCCCCGGAACCUCCACAGCCCCCGAGCGACUCCCCGGAACCUCCACAGCCCCCGAGAGGCCCCCCAGAACCUCCACAGCCCCUGAGAGGCCCCCCGGAACCUCCACAGACCCUGAGCCUUCCUCCGCUUCCAGACCCACCCCAGUCACGGACGUGGUUGCUCUGUGUGUCUGUGACCUGUCCCCAGCACAGUGUGACGUCAACUGCUGCUGUGACCCUGACUGCGACGCCAGAGACUUCAGCAUCUUUUCUGCCUGCUCCGUCCCAGUUGUCAGGGGUGACAGCCAAUUUUGUACUCAAAAAGCAGCCAUUUAUUCCUUGAAUUUUACCUCAGACCCACCUCAGAGGGUAUUUAAACUUGUUGACCAUGUCAAUCCAUCUAUUUUCUGCAUUCAUAUUGCAAACUAUAAACCUGCAUUAGCUUUUAUUGAUCCGGAAGUGCCUGAUGACAGCAAUUUUGAUGAAUUGAUGCAAACAUCUGAUGGUUUUACAGUGAACACAGACCCAGAUGCUUCUCUCACACCCAAAUCUGAUGCUCCCAGUAUGGCUAAAUAUGAGUACGGGGCUUCUGUGCAGACGUCAGACUCCUUCUUAAGGUUUCCUUCACCCCUAACAUCAUCACUGUGCGCUGAUGACAACCCUGCAGCAUUUCUGGUGAACCAGGCUGUUAAGUGCACCAGAAGGAUAAAUGUAGAGCAAUGUGAAGAAAUAGAAGCCCUUAAUAUGACUUACUACAGCAGUCCUCAAAUUCUGAGGGUGCCUAAUUCAAGAGCCAAGGUCUCUAUCACCAUUCAGUCCAUUGUCAUUCAGUCUCUAAACAAAACGCUCACCCGGCUGGAGGCCCCGGAGGUGCUGCCGCCCUCUCUGAUCGCUGCUGGGCAUAGCAGGAUCUGCGUGAAUGUCGUUCUGGAGGCCAAGUACAUCCUCACGUACAGGGAUGCAGGCGAGAUCACAAAGGCCGACCUCACCCUCCUGCUGGGGGCUGUCAGCCAGGAGGAGACCCCGUUGCAGCAGACGUUUGAAAUCCAUUUUGUUCAGCACAAUGUGAAGCCCGUUCCUCUCAGUGGCAACCCUGGCUACGUGGUGGGGCUCCCGUUAGUUGCCGGAUUUCUGCCUCAGAAGGGAUCCGGGAUUAUUCAGACCACAAACAAAUACGGGCAACUCACGGUUCUCCGCAGCACAGCAGAGCAAGAUUGCUUGGCGCUGGCGGGUGUCCGCACCCCGGUGCUGUUUGGCUACAACCUGCGCUCUGGCUGUAAGCUGAGACUGACCAGAGCUGUCCCGUGUCACCUCUUGGCGCCAACCGUGAGAGGCCUGCUGAAGGGCCAGGGCUUCCCAGAUUACGUGGCUCCGUUUGGAAAUACCCAAGCCCAGGAUGUGCUGGACUGGGUGCCCAUCCACUUUGUCACCCAGUCAUCCAAUGUGAAGGAUUCUUGCCAGCUCCCUGUGGCUUUGGUGAUAGAGGUGAAGUGGACCAAGUACGGAUCCCUGCUGAACCCUCAGGCCAAAAUCGUGAAUGUGACUGCGAGCCUCCUCUCGGCCUCCUUCCCUGAGACCCACUCAGGAAAUGAAAGGACGAUUCUUAUUUCCACUGUGGUUACUUUUAUGGAUGUGUCUGCACCUGCAGAGGCCGGCUUCCGGGCUCGGCCGACCAUCAACGCCACACUGCCUUUCAACUUCUUCUUCCCGUUUGCUUGACGUUGUCCCCGUCUAGUUCACCUCACCAAGAAGUCCGUGUUCUCUCAAGAGCUUGUUAAGUCUUUCAAUUUCCUGUUCCUGUGGCAAAAGCAGACAAGGGUUGGACUUUGCUUGUGACAGUCCUGCAAGGGCCCAGACCCAGGGACGCAGGGCACGGAAAGCUGCCUUCCUUGUGGGCCUCAGCCCAAUGGGGAGAGAGACGCCCCUGAGUCUGAAAGUACCGGGAAGACUGUAGCCCAGGGCCC